GGCCUGGCUUCAGUAAGCUUGGAGCUUUCGACCGGUCCAGUCGACUCUCUCGCGACUCUCGCGCGCAAUCGCGUCCCGACGCAUCCUACGCAGUGCCCAGAACAUGUGCGUGACGGUGAUCUAAUUCCAAACGGGAUACUGCGAACCAGAACAACCCCUGAACCAUGGAAUCCCGAUCGUUGCCAAGGAAAAUCCUUUAAUUCGGACCGUAACACGGCGAAGAGAAGGAAAGAGAAGUCACAGCCGAGUUUUUCUUAACUUGGACAGAAGCUGGCUGGCCAAGGAUGACAGGCGACGGGGUUGAGAUAAAAGGAGACGAUCCUAGCCAGCGCUGAGGACAUGUGCGCGACGGUGGACUAAUUCCACAGAUGUCACCGAGAGUAGCCCCCGCGAGGAAUCCUGAUCGUCGAAGAAAAUCCAUAGUACGACGAGACGCGGGAGAAGGUGGGAAGCUAGCGAGGAUUGCCUCGAUCCCUGAUCCGAAAGGAAAUUGGCUGGCCACCGAUAUGGACAGGGAUGACAGACGACGGAGGCUGAGAUAGGCUACAGGCCCACGGACAUGUGCGUGACUGUCGACUAGUAUCGAGGAAGCGACGGAAUCCUGAACGGUACAAGUGUGAAAAACGGAGUCUCAAAUGGGAGAACUCUCGAUGAGAGAAUCCAAAAAAGGGAAUCCUCAGACGCGUAAGCCUCAAACGGGGAACUCCAUUCGAUAGAAUUCCAGAGGAAAGUAUCCUCGGACGUUUAAACUCCAAAAGGGGAAUCCCCGGUCGAAUUAAUCCCCAAAAGGGGAACACCAUACGACAGAAUCCCAAAGAAGGAAAUCCUCAGACGCGUGAACCUCAAAAGGGGAACCCCAUACAUUAAAAUUCCAAAGAAAAGAAUCCUUAGACGUCUAAACCCCAAAAGGGGAAUUCUCAGUCGACUCGAGCCCCCAAAAGGGGAACCUUAUAGCUCAAGCUCUAACAGGGAGACCCGAAAACGAACGAAUCGUUAAAGAAAGUCCAAUCACCGAAGAAAAUCCAUAAUCCAUCGAGACUCGUUGAAACGUAGUCUGAGAGGCAACUGGCCAACGAAUAACGAAAAGACGAGGGAUGAGAGUCGACGGACGUCGAGAUAAGAGGAGAUAAACGUCGAUCAAGGAGACGCUCGACGAACGGGGAUGCGGCGACGCUGACGGUCGACAGAGGACCCGUCUGCGGAUUCGGGUGCACGGAGUGAACGUCGCCAGCCCGCGAAUCCUGGCGACACUCCGCCGAGAGGACUCGACCGGCGAAGUCACGAUGAGCAUGACGAACGCGGUUCGUUCGGCAGAGCCUCGUUCGAGAUCGAUGCGACGACCGUGGAAUCAGCUUGAUUACUGUAACGGAAGACGGAUAGGGGCCAGGAAGCCCAGCAUGGGUCCAACAUCAGCCUGAUUUCCCGUAGCUUUGAUUUGGUUACGAGGAGAUGAGACGAUAGGGUUAGGGGUUAGGUCGACCUUUGACCAGAGGACGCUUAAACAGACGCUAUCGAAGAAUUCGAACCGUUUGAUGCGUUUCGAAUGGAGCACUGACGAGGACUCGAUCUCGGUGUGUUACCCAAGUGGAUCCUGAAAAAAUGUUCAAACGUCAGUGCGACCAGGGAAGAGGAAAGUUAUAGUACUCCGAGGAUACUUGGCGACGAUUGGACUAAUCCUAGGGGUUACGUUGAUCUCUUGUUAGGGGAGGGUUAAACGAUCACGGUUGAAGGGUUGAGACCGUUUUAUGCGUUUCGGGUGAACCAUGGAUGAACGAAGACUCGACGUUAACUCGUGGGGUGUCAUUGUUUUGGGGAUUGCGAAACCAAUCUGAAUCCUGAAGUCUCCCCUUGGCAGACAGUAAUUGUAAUUUUCGAGGACUCCGAUGAGGGGGGACGAAUCUCGAGAGAACGCAAAGUUAUCGUAAAGCUUUUGGGUUAAAUCCAAGGAUCGAAAGCAACGCGUUACCUUGUGCUUCUGGCUUGUGCUUCUAAGAGGGUAGUUUCUUUAGAAUAACGGUGAAAAUAAUUUUCGAAGAACCUGCUGAGAUGAAUCUUGAAAGAUCGCGGUGAUUCUUUCUAAAGUUAAUAGAAGUUAUUAUAAGGACGAGGAUGCUUCGAUGCCCUCGUACAAAGGAUUUGCUCUCGCUCGAAUGCGGCUUCAGGGAUGCAGUAAAAACGCCGUGCACGGUUAAUAAGAGUGGUUAAAAGGUCAGACAGAGGUCUCGUGGCUGUAAUAUUCGCGCAACGGAUCGACUCGCCGUGGGAACGAUCGAUGGUCCAGGCUCCGAAGACUCGAGCACAGAGAGCACGUAAACUUUGACAAAGCGCCACUGGUACAAUGUCGAGCGUCCUCGCCGCAUUCUCACCCUCCUCGAGUUAGUAGCCGAGACGUCCUCGCCAUUGCGCUCCAAUGGUAAUUAAUUCAGACCUAAGAUGAUAUGGAGUCCGAAGACGAAGUGGACGAAGAGCUACCGGAGGAGGAAGACACAGAGGUGAACGACAACUUGGAGAGCUUCGAGAAGAUGAAGAUUUCGACGAAGCCAACCCCCUCGAAGGCGACGGAGAGAAGCGAGUGCCAGCUGGUGCGGUCUCCCAACCCUGAGGAACUCGACGCGGCUGACCCCUGCAAGGAACCCGACAAGACGAGGACGUGUGCCUCAGAGAAAUCAAAAUUACCUUUAAGCACGAGCACCAAGACUGAACCGAAGGACACAGACAUCGUCAGGUUGUGCAGGAGCAAACGGAUCACCUGCCAGGAGACCAUACACGAGUACGACGAGGAGGAUGGCCUCACCAUGGAGAAAGUUGGAAGGUAUCUGGAGGCGUAUCCGGACGCUGCCGAGGCCUGGCUUCGCGAGAACGCGAGCUACGAGCUUCGGCAGCGGCUGCAAGGUGUGGGACUGCCUCCUGCCAAGUCGCCGGCUAGGAACUUGCAUCGAGAGGAGAGUCUCCUGACGCGUAGCAAGCGCAACAGCGUCACCUCCGACCUCUUUCAAACGUGGCUGGCCUCCAGCUCGCCAGCCAAGCGCAGCAGAAGUCCAAGCAGGAGCCACUCGCUGAUUGAACGAAGGGAGGAGCUCAACAGGUUGGACGAGAGCGACCUGUUCAUGGAACUCAUCAGAGACGUGGCGAACGAGCUGGACAUCAACGUCCUCUGCCACAAAAUCCUAGUGAACGUCGGUUUGCUCACUCACGCGGAUCGCGGUAGCUUGUUCCUGGCCAAGGGACCUCUGGAGGACAGCUAUAAUCGCAGGUACCUCGUCGCCAAGCUGUUCGACGUGACUCAGGAUACAGAGCUCGAGAAGGCCAUGCAACGCGCGAACAACGAGGAGAUCAAGAUACCUUUUGGAGUAGGGAUCGCUGGCUACGUGGCUCAGACCAAGGAGAUCAUCAACAUCAAAGAUGCUUACAAGGAUCCAAGGUUCAACAGCUCCAUCGACAUGAGAACUGGGUACAAGACGACGCUGAUCCUGUCGAUGCCGAUCUGCAGUUACGAGGGCGACGUGAUCGGGGUCGCGCAGAUCAUAAACAAAACCAACGGCAGCAACGAGUUCACCGACACGGACGUCGAGGUGUUUCAGAGGUAUCUGUACUUUUGCGGUAUCGGUAUACAAAACGCGCAACUCUUCGAACUCUCGGUGCAAGAGUACCGCAGGAACCAGAUCCUCCUGAAUCUCGCGAGGAGCAUAUUCGAGGAGCAGAACAACCUCGAGUGCCUCGUCACCAAGAUCAUGACGGAGGCGAAAGAGCUGCUCAAGUGCGAACGAUGCGCCGUGUACCUUCUGGACCUGGACUGCGGCGAGGCAGGACACCUCGAGAAGAUCGUCGAGCGACCCGGCAAAUCGACGCAAGAGAGUAGAAAACCGUUGUCGAGGCGAGAGAGCAACAACAUCGAGAUGGAGGACAUUUUCCAACAGCACGCCACGAACGAGACCAACAAGUUCACAACCAUCUUCGAGAUGGACAAUAAGAGCCAGGAGGCCAAGGUGUACAGGCCGAGCGGAAACGAUCUGUCGAGCCCGCUGGGACAGAUCGCGAGGUACGUCGCUGUCACGGGGCAAAUCCUCAACAUCGGUGACGUGGCCACGUGGCUCAAGAAAGUUGUGAUCCAGUCGGGAAACGAACCGAUCAAGAGCAUUCUCUGUAUGCCCAUAGUCAACGGUCAGAGGACCGUGAUUGGGGUUGCUCAGUUGAUUAACAAGGACAACGGGACGUCUUUUACCGACUCUGACGUGUCGAUCUUCGAGGCGUUUGCCAUAUUCUGCGGCCUCGGGAUACACAACACCCAGAUGUACGAGUCAGCCUGCAAGCUGAUGGCCAAACAGAAGGUCGCUCUCGAGUGUCUGAGUUACCACGCAACGGCCAGCAACGACGACACGAUCAAGCUGAUCUCGGAGACGAUACCCUCCGCGGAUUCGUAUAAUCUGUACAGCUUCACCUUCAUCGACUUCGACCUCACCGACGAAGACACCUGCAGGGCCACCAUCAGAAUGUUCAAGCAGUGCAACUUGAUCCAGAAGUUUCACAUACCGUACGAAGUCCUCUGCCGGUGGAUCCUCAGCGUGAAGAAAAAUUACAGGCCAGUAAAGUACCACAACUGGCGACACGCGCUGAACGUAGCCCAGACGAUGUUCGCGAUGCUGAAGACUGGGAAGAUGGAGCAGUUCAUGACCGACCUGGAGAUCCUCGGGCUCCUGGUCGCCUGUCUGUGCCACGACUUGGAUCACAGAGGGACGAACAACGCCUUCCAGAUGAAAACCGAGUCCCCGUUGGCCAUCCUGUACUCGACCAGCACCAUGGAGCACCACCACUUCGACCAGUGCGUUAUGAUCCUCAAUUCCGACAGCAACAACAUCUUCCAAAGUCUCUCCAUGGAGGAUUACAGAAGGGUGAUGAAGGUGGUCGAGAGCGCGAUCCUCUCCACCGACCUGGCGGUGUACUUCAAGAAGAAGAAUCGGUUCAUGGAAUUGAUAGACGAGGGGGAGUUCGACUGGCAGAGCGAAGAGAAGAAAGAACUGCUGUGCGGCAUGAUGAUGACCGCCUGCGACGUCAGUGCAAUAGCGAAGCCUUGGGACGUUCAGCACCGCGUGGCCAAGCUGGUAGCCGACGAGUUCUUCGACCAAGGAGACCUGGAACGUCUGCAGCUGAACCAGCAACCCGUGGCAAUGAUGGACCGCGAAAGAAAGGACGAGCUACCGCAGAUGCAGGUUGGGUUCAUCGACGUCAUCUGCCAGCCCCUUUACAAGGUCAUGUCGGAGACGUUCCCCUGGAUAAUGCCCCUGUACGAGGGCACCAUGGAGAACAGAAGGCACUGGCAGGACCUCGCGGAGAAGGUCGAGAUGGGUCUGACCUGGAUCGAUCGCGACACCAUCGACGAACCCGUCGAGGAGUUCGUUUCCUACGAGCCCAAGGACAUCGAGUUCACGGUGACCACCCUGAACUGCGCUCACGCGGAGAGGAAAGAGGUUCCUGAGAAGUCUACGUUAGGGCGGUUCGCCUCGUUGAGAAAGGGCAGUCGCACGUUGAGCAAAGGGGUCAGGCAUCGCAUCAGCAGGUCGCUGUACACGAGAAGCGCGCCAGAGGACCUCGCCAAGUCAAAGGCCCUCAUUCCCGACAGAAAGAGCCGCAACAAGCUCUGUCUGCUCAUUUGACGUCUCACGUCGACCACUCUUGAAGCCUGUGAAUAAAAUCGAGGGAGCUCUCCCGAUUGUUUACGCGAACAGGGAGACGAUUUAGUACGCUUCCACUUCGCGGCUACCGUGAAUCACUGUCGAAGGGGACAAUUGGCGAAACGCCAAUCAGUUACCAAGGAACAGAGUAACUAUACAAUUCACCGCUACAUCGAGAAUUCUGUUGGCAAACGGUGUUACCGAAAAUAUAAAACACAGUGUCUCGACGACGAAAACCACCCACCAUCGUCUCGAAACAAUGACGUAGAGAGUGCUAAAACUCUGUAGAGUUUAGUCUAGAUUAGGCUAGGUGAUUAGAGGGGUGUGGUCGUUGCAGACCACAGCUUGCAAUCGCAACGUUGCGUUGUCGAACUGUGAAUAUGACUUUGAUUUUGACAAUCUUUUUGUAUUAUAGUCUCGAUAAUCUUGGGAUAGUCACGGAGGGACGUUGAUCCCCGAGGCGUUCGAAAAUUUGUGAAACAUAGCAGAUCGACGUUUUUAUAUAUAUUACAGCGAACGAAGCGAGGACUCCCGACUCGAUUCCGCGUCACAGCGAACGACUCCAAAGACGGACGCCUUUGAAACUAGUUAGGCAUGUCGAUGUUGAUCGAAUCAAUGAUUCCGUUACGUCACGCGGCUGUGACGCAGAAAACGAAAACGUGAUU